AUGGGCUGUUUCUCCAUCACAUGGAUUUCAUCACUGGCGGCGUGCCCAGGGGUUAUGGGUUGGGAAUGGAAGGUUAGUGGCAUGGGGGCAGUGCCGAAGAGGGUUGGUGAGGAGAGAGAGAAACAUGUACCUGGCAGCGUCGUUGGCUGGGCUGUGACUCUGCUGGUGGUGGAUGAGCAACGGCACAAAGAAAUGAGGGGAGGCAGCGGCGAGAAAGAGAGGGGAGAAUUGAGUUUAGUUUCACAAUUGGGUGUGACACUAUUCCUAUAUCACCCUAUUAAUCUCCAAAUUAUAAAGGGAUGA